AAUCAGGCUCAUCCGUUCUUGAGGCGCCUCUAAAGCCAUCCAUUCGCGGAAUCUUCCUCACCUCGCUCGCCAUGUCGGCCGUGCGGCAGCGACUUUCCGCUGCCAUCCAAUCAAACCGCCGCUUGAUUCGCGCAUUUGCACGGCCCAACGAUCAGAUCUCGAGGUCGAUUGCCACUCUGCCCUCUGCUGCCGCCACCGCUCUCCCUGCGGCAUCGCAAGCGUUGCAUGCGUGCUGCAGCAGCACCCAUGCGCACAUACACUCAAGCAGCGUGGCGGCAGCAGCGGCGGGUGGCGGGCGGAUGAGGCAGGCGAUGCAGGCGAGGGUGAGCGAGUGUGAGGUGGGAGCGCCACUAAGGACUGGUGGGCACAGCAUGCAGCAGCUCAGAUGCUUCACCACGCCUGCAGCGCUGGCGUCAGCAUGGGGGUCAGCAUCGAGGGUAGCGGCGUCAUCUGAAGCACCCUCUGCGCCCGCCUCACAUGCCACACUCGAGGAGGGAGAAGAGAGCAUCGAGGUGACGUUUGUGCAGAGGGACGGCAGCGAGGCAGUGGUGCAGGUGCCAGUGGGCACCAACGUGCUGCAGGCCGCACAUGACAAUGACAUCGACCUUGAAGGUGCAUGCGAAGCAUCACUCGCCUGCUCCACCUGCCACGUCAUCGUCAUGGACGAGGAGCAGUACAGCAAGAUGCCUGAGCCAACAGACGAGGAGAACGACAUGCUCGACCUCGCCUUCGGCCUCACAGAGAC